AAUCUCUCCUCCUCCCUAUAGUAAACUUGAUUACUUAUUAAAAAACCCCACCACCUCUCUUUCAUAUUUAUGUCCACCUAACUUUAAACUUUUUCCUUCCUUCUUCUUCUUCUUCCUUUUAUCACAUUGGUUUCUUCUUUAGUUUCCUUUGUCUUCAAUCCAAAUCCAAAUCCAAAGCUUUAUUUCUUUCUUCUAACCAAUUUUACUACUAUCUUCUCUUUCUUUUAUUCUUCUGAGUUUGUUGAAAAUGGCAGUCGGUGAUGUUAUGAGGAUGGAGAUUCCUGCCGGUGGAGAUUUGACUGUUACUCCCCCGGAGUUACAUGUUCUCGCCGUUGAUGAUAGUAUUGUGGAUCGUAAAGUCAUCGAGAGGUUGCUUCGAAUCUCUUCUUGUAAAGUGACGACUGUAGAGAGUGGAACUAGAGCUUUGCAGUAUCUUGGCUUAGAUGGAGACAAAGGAGCUUCUAAUCUCAAGGACUUGAAGGUGAAUUUGAUAGUGACGGAUUACUCAAUGCCAGGACUAACAGGGUAUGAUCUUCUCAAGAAGAUUAAGGAAUCUUCAGCAUUCAGAGAAGUACCAGUAGUGAUCAUGUCAUCUGAGAACAUCUUACCUCGUAUAGAAGAAUGUCUCAAGGAAGGAGCAGAGGACUUCUUGUUGAAACCGGUGAAACUAGCUGAUGUAAAGCGAAUUAAACAACUUAUAAUGAGAAAUGAAAGUGAGGAAUGCAAAACCUUAAGAAGCCUUUCUAACAAGAGAAAGCUUGUUGAAGAAAACAUUGAUACAUCAUCAUCAUCAUCAAGUCAUGAUGAUUCUUCUGUCAAUGAUAUUCAAUCUUCAAAACGGAUGAAAUCAGAAUCUGAAAACCUUUCUUCUCUACUUUGAAUGUAUAUAUAUAGAGAGGGAGAGAGAGCCAAGACCCUUAGCUAACAUUUUCUGUUAAUAUACCUCAUCUAAGUUUUUUUGCUCAUUCGUUUUUUGUUUUUGUUUUGGGGUUAAUACAAAAGACAAUGUUUAAGAGA